ACAAAUGAGCAGCAAUCGGCUGCAAUUGAGUCAGUUUGGCUUCAGAUAGCUUUGUGCAGAGUUGUGUAUUUAUUUAUUUAAGCAUCUAUUCCCCGAUCGAAAUGUGGAAAAAAGUAAUUCUCUGUGUGGUUUUGUUGGCCUUUGUGGGCGUGCAGUUUGCCAACUCGCUGACCUGCUCCAAAUGUAGCUCACCCUCCGGAUGCAAAAGUCCUUCGUCUGAGACCUGCUCGAAUGCUACGGCUAAUGCCAAUAAGGCUCAUUUGGAAUCGUACCACAGCAAUGUGCCAGCCGUCACUGGCAGUCUUAAUUUCGCUUGUGCCAAUCUCACCUACUACCAUGCUGCAAACUACUCUCAUACUUCGGAGUUCCUGGGCUGCGUCUUCAAUGAGACAAAAGUGUGCAAUUUGACUUUAACUAACACCGCUUCUGGAUGGAGCAAGAAGUGCUUCCAAUGUGACACCGAUUAUUGCAAUCCUGCGGGAACUUUCAGCGGAAGUGCCUAUACCAUUGUGGGAUCGGUGAUCGCCGUCCUCCUGGCCAAGGUCCUUAGCUAGACCCAUAUUCUGACUGAGGAGCAGUAUUCAACUUAUUACAAAAUGUAUAACAUUAAUUUUCGGUAUGGCGAAUUAAAAAACGAAAUUUUAUUACA